AUGAGAGAUAAUCCAAAAGUUUUUUGGCAACAUAUCAAUAGAAAAAGAAAGAAUAAACAGACGAUUGAUUGCUUAGUUGACAAGGGUGCUAAUGAAGAUAGGUUAAUAACAAACAAUCUGGACAAGGCAAAUUGUUUGGGAUCAUUUUUCAGUUCAGUUUAUAUUGUUGAUGUUGAUAAUGAGGGCAUGGUACCAGACGUUGAUAUAUUGCCAGAUAUGGAAAAUGAUAUGUGUAAGGGUUCAACUACAGUUCCCAACAAUAAAAGUUAUAAUCGUUCCCGAAAUGUAGCGAUGACUGCAAAUGUGGACACCGGCUGUCACGUUAUCUUCGGAGCUUCUGGCGGAGGCCUCGUUGACUGCCGACGUGUUGUCACUUCACCGCUGCUGAAAUGCCGUGUCGUUUGUUGA